AUUUCUCAUCUUCUUCCUUUAAUUAACUCAUAUUUAGUCCCUGUGCUUUCCUUCUUUCUUCUUAUUACCACUUAAAACUGCAACUUUGAAGAGGAAAAUUCUCAAAACUCUUUUGGUGAGAACUCAGGAGAAGCAUAUUCCUCUUUCACAAGUGAGCCCAUUUCAUUGUGCUGCAUUUCAGAAAUUUGAAGCAGAAGAAAUGGUGGAUGCAGUGGUCACUGUAUUCUUGGAGAAACUUCUCAAUGUUCUCACUGAGGAAAGCAGGUUUCUAAGUCAAUACAGACAACAGUUCGAAAAACUGAAGAACGAACUGCUAUUCAUGCAAAGCUUUCUCAAAGAUGCAGAGAGGCUCAAGAGGAAAAACAGUACCCUUAAAGCGGUCAUGGCCUGUUUGCGAGACUUAAUCUUUGAAGCUGAAGAGAUACUGGAGGACUGCCAGAAUCAAUCUGCAGAUAGUGAUGGAACUACUAGAUUCUCUAUGUGCUUCCAUCCCAAAAGGCUAUCUCUUCGCCAUCAAACUGGGAAGCGUCUUGCUGAAAUCAAUGACAAGAUCACGGAAAUAAAGCAAAACAUUUCGACAUAUCUUGGACUUGGAGUGCCACUUAUGAAAGAAGGAAGUAUGGAGGCACACGAUAAUCUAAUGACAAGAUGGACUUGUUCCCUUUAUGAUCACACUCAGGUAGUUGGUUUGGAAGGUGACACGGAGAAGAUAAAGAAUUGGCUAUUUGAAGCAAGUGAUGGUUUACUUGCCAUUGCAUUUGUGGGUAUGGGAGGGCUCGGAAAAACCACUCUUGCUCAGAAAGUUUUUAAUGAAAGAAGUGUGGAGGAUCACUUUGAGAGGAGAAUUUGGGUGUCUGUUUCUCAAACAUUUACUGAGGAACAAGUCAUGAGAAGCAUAUUGAGGAGUUUAGGAGAUGCAUGCGUUGGUGACGACCAGUGUGAAUUGUUAAGAAAAAUAAACCAGUACCUUUUAGGAAAGAGGUUUUUGAUUGUUAUGGAUGAUGUUUGGAGCUUGGACAAUGCUUGGUGGCAGAAAAUCUAUGCUGGACUACCGAAAGGAAAUGGGAGCAGUGUUAUUGUAACUACGAGAAACGAGUCAGUCGCUCGCAAGAUGGGGGUCGUAAAAGCAAGGACACAUUGGCCAAAAUUCCUCAAUGAGGAGUACAGUUGGUUACUGUUCCGGAAGAUUGCAUUUGCAGCAACUGCAGGUGAAUGCAAUUUUCCUGAGUUGGAGAAUGUGGGAAAGGAGAUCGUGGAAAAAUGUAAGGGUCUUCCAUUAGCCAUCAAAGCAGUAGGAGGAGUGAUGCUUUGUAAACCACCUUAUUAUCAUGAAUGGAGGCGUAUUGCGAAUCAUUUCCGUGAUGAAUUGAAAGAAAAUGAUGACUCGGUGAUGGCUUCAUUACAGUUGAGCUAUGAUGAACUCCCUCCGUACUUGAAAUCCUGUUUCCUCUGUUUUUCACUCUUUCCCGAGGAUUGUGUCAUACCAAAAGACCAGCUGAUCCGUUGGUGGAUUGGAGAAAGUUUCAUUCCUCUGAGAAGUGGUAGGUUAUCGACGGAAGUUGGAGAAGAUUGUUUCUCACAACUAUCCAAUCGAUGUUUGAUAGAAGUUGUUGAUAAGGCUUACAAUGGUGUGAUCCAUACAUGCAAAAUGCAUGAUAUGGUUCGUGAUUUGGUGAUCAAGAUUGCAGACGAUGAUUCAUUUUCCACCCCAUCUGAUGCAAAUUGUCGGCAUUUGGGUAUUAAGAGUGAGAUGAGCGGGAAGCAACUACUGAGCAAUCGAAAAUUACGAGCACUGUUGACAACUACCAAGGGUGGUGAAGUAAACAAAAUCCCUGCUGACACUGCCAAGAAGUUCUGCAAUAGUCGACACCUCCAGGUGCUGGAUAUCUCAAAAUCAAUUUUCAAUGUGCCUCUUUCGAGUUUGCUGGAAGGCAUUGGAUCUGCCAAACAGCUAACUUAUCUCAGUUUAAGCAAUACACAUCCAUUGAUUGGAGUUCCAGCUUCCAUAUCCAAGCUUGAAAAAUUACAAAUUUUGGACUUCAGCUAUUGCCAAAAUAUGAAAAUGCUCCCUUCGUGCGUUUUGACAUUUGAGGAACUAGCUGUUUUAGAUGUGAACAACUGUGGGUCACUUGAGUACCUGCCAAAAGGAUUAAGCAGGCUUUCCAAUCUUCAAGUACUGCUUGGAUUUAAGCCUGCAAAGUUAAGUCAGCCAGGAGGUUGUCGUAUUGCUGAACUCAGAAGCCUGACUCGAUUGAGAACUCUCAGUUUAAGACUAACUCAGGAUGAGGAGAUUGGAGAUGAUGAAGGGAAUGCGCUGGUAGAUCUCCAAGAACUUCAAUUUUUAACGAUAAGUUGCUUUGACAGUCAAGAUGAUGGACUAGUCAAAAAACUUGGUAAACUUUAUCCUCCUCGACAACUCCACGAGCUGAUUCUCAAAUUCUAUCCAGGUAAAAUAAGUCCUGAAUGGCUUAAUCCCAAAUCUAUCCCCAUGUUGCGGUAUAUGUCAAUCAUUUCGGGUGAUAUGAAAAAAAUGCACGAGAAUUUCUGGGGCGAUUGCAAUGCUGCUUGGAAAAUUGAGGGAUUAAUGUUGGAAGCUUUAUCUGAUUUGAGAUUGGAAUGGUCAGCAGUGAAUCGAGUGAUGCCUUCGUUAAGAAUACUCAAGGCUAGCUGGUGCCCUGAGUUGGAGUCGUUUCCAAUUGAAGAUGCAGGGUUUAGAGGGGGUUCAUGGAAGAAGGAAGAACAUAGGGGCUGAAAAGAGACACUCAACAAUUACAUCAUGUUAUCUUAGUUUUCUUCGUUUCAUUCUUUUGUGUAUCCUAAUAAGUAUAAAUAUGUUUUGUUCAUGAUUUUUUUUUUUUCUUGGACUUUUCCCUGCAAGGACUGAUCAUUAUUAUUCUCAUAGAAGUGACAUUUUCCGCUUA